ACAAAACACUAAAGUUCACUACAGCAUAAAUUGAUUGUGCUUGUUUAAUUUCUUAAAAACUUUUCUAUUGAAAUAAAUAAUAUAAAUUAUUUAAUAUGGCUGGUGAAGUAAUUGUUGAUGCAUUGCCCUACAUUGAUCAUGGCUAUGAUGAUCCUGGCGUCAGAGAAUCGGCUUUGGCAAUGGUCGAAGAGGAAUGUCGUCGCUAUCGGCCCACCAAGAACUAUCUUGACCACCUUCCACCGCUAAACACAUCAGCAUUCGAAACCAAAAUGAUGGCCUACGAGUUCGAGAGAAUACAAAACCGACAACCCAUGGAAACAUUGAGUAUGAAACGAUACGAACUUCCACCGCCCUCGACGGGUAAACUCUCCGAGUUAUCCGCAUGGCAAGAAUCCAUUGAAAACUCCAUGGCGCAACUCGAACAUCAAUGGACCAGAGCAAUGAAUCUCGAGCUUAUGGUUGAGUAUGGCUGCGAGUCAUGGAAGGCCUAUUUAGAGAUCUUCGUAGCCCUCCAAGCCAAAGCCCAGAAUAAACUACAAGAAAUCAAAAAGAGCAUUCAAGAUGUAAAUUGGCAGCGUAAACAAGCUCAAACACAAGCCGGCGAAAAAUUGAAAACCUUAGAAGCUAAUUGGGUUAUGUUGGUGUCAAAGAACUAUGAGAUCGAACAGCAGUGCGUGGAGCUAGAGAAACAAAUUGCAGAGAUAACGGCAAAGCUGGAGGAAGAAGAAGAUAAUGACAGUGAACCAUUAGAAAACGGGGACUCAGUUGUGACAAAUGGAAAUGCUUGAAGAGAUCAAUUUUAUGUACCUACAGAAUGUAUGUUUAAGUUAAUAUAAUUUCAAAGCGAUAUAAAAAAUCAAUAAAAUCUUUUAACAAAUUCGAAACUUUAAUUUAUCAGUUUUUUAUAAUAUGAGGUAAAACUAACGAUCUUGAAUGUUUGUAAUAUGAUAACAGUGGAAUUGGUCAUCGUGGAUGCUAGCUUACAACUAAGAGUCUCUCUGACCUAUUUAAAAGCUUUUAUGACAAGUUAACGAUAAGACAUAAAAUAAUGCCAAAUUCGAUGUUUUGAGAAUAAUAAAAUUUAGUUUUACGAUGAA